AGGUAAGCGCUACCCUACCGAGGAUUCUGGGAAGUGUAGUCCGAAAGCGCCGGUCGUCAGAGCCACUUCCGCUCUCGAAGGCGCCGUAGCCCUUACUCCGCUCGGGGAUUCUGGGAAGUGUAGUUCAGGAGCCGCGGAGAUAGUCCGCACUUCCGCUACAAGUCUGUGACGCACGGGAGCCAUCAGUGUUUGCCAGGAGGUUCGUGUUUGCGGAGCCUCUGCGUCUCUUCCGAGGUUGCUUGGGCUUCGGACCCGCUGGUGCCGCUCUCGCCCUCGGGGGAUAGAAGCGGCGGACGGCAGGGACCACGGUUUGCGUCACCUUGGCGUUUGGGGCGGUUCGUGCGUCCCGAGGGUCGGGCUGCGGUCGCGGUUUUAGGUUGAGGGUCUCCCGGGCGCUCGGGUUCCUUUGCCUUCUCCACCUUCCGCUCGCAGUGCCGCCUCGUAGUGAUACCGCCUUUGUAGUUAUUUCUCCGUUUCUCUUCUGUAGCCUGUGUUGUGAGAUUUAGGUGAAGUAAAAAGAUGUAAAGGUGCUUAGAGGCGAUCCUGGUCCAAGCUACCAGAUGACAGGGUGCUACCAAUCUGUUCUUUCCGAGAGCUCUCAGUGAAAGCUGCUCUGCUGAGCCUGCGGUGGCGUCUGAGCUCCAGCUGCGGCGUCACUAGCUCUUCUCUGAUCCCUACCGGAAGCCGGGCCGUUCGUGGAUUCCUUAUGACUCCCCCUGACUCCCCUCUUUUUUUUUUUGCCGUGGGAGAGGGGACUGGCAAGGGGGAGGGACCCCCCCUUUUUUGCAGCGGAAAAGUGGACCGGCAAGGGGGGGUGGAAGCCCCUCUUUUUUUGCCGUGAGGGAGGGGACUGGCGAGAGGGGAGGAAGAGGGAAUGAAGCCCCCCCCUUUUUCUGCAGUGCGUGGGAGGGGACCGACGAGAGGGGAGGAAGGCAGGAAGACCCCCCUUAUUUUUAAAGAAAGGAGUGGGUUUCAUCCUGUCUGGUGCCUGCGGGUGUCCACUGUGAUUUAUCCUGGGCCAGAAACGCAAUUGUGAUAUCUUGCUGCCUCAUUUCCUUUCUCAGCCCUGAAUUCUCAAAGAGGGUACCGAGAGGAGGAGAAAGUGACCCCCUGGCUCCUGGUAACGUUGCAACGUGGGAGAAUUUAACAUGCUCUGUGUCAUUUCUGCUCUCAGUUGGGGACCAGACUUCCUUCAUUCAUUAGCACAUUUUUUUCUUUUGGCAAAUGUUCAGAUGUUUAUAGAAUAAAGAGGUUGGAUGAGACAUGCAUUGACAAAUAAGUAAUAUUUGUUAACACGUUGAGUGUCAGUCUUCUGUAGGCUCUAUAUGCAUGAAUUAGCUUAAUUCUAAUAACAAAGAUACUGUUACCUGUAUUUUACAGGUGAGAAUGUUGAUAGGUGGAAAAUUUAAGUUGUUUUCCCAAAGUCAAACAAUAGAAAUGUCUGCACUGGAAUUUGAACCCCGGCAGCCUGGGUUCUUGACUCUCCUUAAGCCCUAAGAAAUGACGAUCCCUAUGCUGAGGGAGGAAGGGUCAUUGGGUCAUUUAGGGCCUUAGAGGACUUGAAGGUUGUGCUCAUUUAAUUAAUUCCUUGUUAUUUUAUAUGACAUUAUGUUCAUAUUCUUAUUAUAGAAUUAAUUUGUGUUCAUCAUAGAGAAUUUGAGAAAUAGAUGAAGAAAGCCAAAGAUUAUCCAUAAUUCCAGAAUGUAGAGGUAACUAUAAACACUUCAGUGUAUUUCUCUUUAGUUGUUUCUGUGUAUGUAUAUUUUUUCUGUGCUUCUCAAAAAUUGUAUCAUAUUUAUCAUACUUUUUCAUUUGGCAUCUUGUGAUCAUGAACUAUGUCAGAACACAAAUGUAGAGACAAUAUGCUAAUGAAUUCUCAUGUAGCCAUUUAUCCUUGUCAGCCUUCAACUGUUAUCAACUUUCUGUCAAUCUUGUUAUAGAAUCCUCCUUCCUCCACCUUUAUUUUUUGCUUUAGUAUUUUAAUGCAAAAGCCAGACAUUGAGCCAAGAGAAUUUAUACUAGAUUAUCAUAAAUAUGUGGAGGUCAAAGGAGAGAGGGGACAUGAACAACAAUUUGAGAGUUUUUACAUGAUAACUAAGAGAAUGGUGCUUAGUCAGAAAGCUGGGGGUCCCCCGAAAGAGUUGUAGUUAAAGACAUGAGGGAGAUGAAUUUUAUUGGCUCAUCUGGAAUUGAAUUUGCUUCAGUUGGUCUCUCUAUAGAUUGUAGGUUCCUGUGCUGUGGAUUCCUGUGUUGUGAGGAUCGUGUCACAUUCUUCCCAGUGUGCCCAACACUGUGACAAGGUUUGCAGAGAGAAGCUAUUCAGUUGUUUGUGACUGGUGCAGGUGCCAACCGGCAGCUGGAUACAAGGCCCUGAAGCCCUGAGAGCUUGUUUAAUGAAUUCCUGAAAACAGAUUAGGUGAUAGAACAAUAAGAAGGGUCCAUUUGGUAAUUCCUGUCCUUUAUCUCACUCACUCUUGCCUGUAUACAGAAGCUUUUUCAGAGUGUUUGAUAGUUGAUGUACAGUUGCUGGUAAUAUUUUCACGUCCUAAAACAAAUUUACUUAGGAACAAACCAGGACUAAUGCAUCAUUUCUGUAUUUAUUUAUUUAUUGCAUGAUGAUGAGGGUUAUAACAAUUAGCAUUUAUUGGGACCUUAUAGGUGUGGCAGAGUUUCUAAUGCUUUCCAUGUAUUAACUCAUUUAUUCCUCAGAACAGCAUACAGAUGCGGCACGAGAGGAUACUGACCUGCAAGGGUCACUCAGCCAGUAAUUAUAUUGCUGGAAGUGAAACAGUCCUUUCUAAAACAGCACCUCUCCAUUUCUCUCUUUGCUUUACCUGCCAUAGUGUUUUUUUUUCUGCCUUCUUUUAAGAGAAUUUUGAAUGGUUCUUACAGAUUGUUGCAAUCCUUCCAUAUUUUUCUUAACAGUAUCUAUCACUAGCUAACACAUUAUAUACUUAUCUGUUGAUUGGUUUAUUACCUGUCUCUUCUACUAUAAUAUCAGGUUCAUGAGAGCAGGGACUUUAUUCACUGCCGUAUCUUUACUAUACAGAAUUGUGCCUGACAUGUGUUAGAUGCUCAGUAAGAAGUAUUUCUUGAAUGGAUGAAUGAAUGAGUGAAUGAUCCCGAGCCCACGAUGGACCCUUUUAUGCCCUUUUAUGAUGACCUUGACGUUGCUUGCAAAAUAAGAAACCCAGAGGAAGAAAUUGGAAGAUACAGUUUAUCCUCUUCUCCCAACUGGAACAGCCUCAAUUGUAAAGCUCAAAGGAACCUCAGAGAUGGAGUAGUCAAGUCCAGUCUGUGCCCGAUCAAGUGUGUCUUCAGUCAUUCUUUGAUCCCAUGGGUUUUGAGUCCACUGUUCUGAGUGCUGGGGAUUAAAAAACAUGUUAAUCAUCUCAUGGGCAAAACAGAUGCUUACCCACUAGUUAACCCGCAGCUGUCCCCAGGUGAUGGAACGCUUCUCAGAGGGACUUGCAAAGUGAGUAGCGAGCAGGUAGCAAGCUGAGCCAGGUAUCCCAGACCCCACUUGCUUUUUACUGCUAAAUUCUGUGAAAUAUCAGGUGUCCUUGAAAAACCCUGAUACUGAGCAGAGCAGGAGAGUGCAGCAAAUACACGGCCAGAGCAAGGAAAAUGGACGUUAUGAACUGAUAUUUCUUCCAGGCUUUGGGAAGUGGAUGCCUUGCUCUCAUCCCUACUGGAGUACUUCUGCCUGAGGUAGGAGGACCCGCAAACAUGAGUAGCUGUCACGUACUGCACACUUAUAUGAAUAGUCACUGAAACCUCUUAACAAUGCUAUGAGCUAGAUGUUGGUAUUAUCCCCAUUUUACAGAUUUGGAAAUAGGCUCAAAGAGCUAGCCGGUCAGAAGAGUCAGUUGUGGAAUCCUGAUGCUGUGCCCCCACUAGACCUUUCAGCCUCAGAGCUCACUCUCAUAGUCAUAUCCAGUACAUUCUGCUGCCUUUCAUUUCCCACAAUACCCGGAUGGGAAUGAUAACCCUGGGAGCUGCAAGGGAUUGUGUUAGCCUCACUGCUUAGAGUUGGGCAGGUUGUUCACUGCACGAGGUUCCCCAGCUGAGGGGCUAGAGAGAUGGGCCAGAGGAGGGGUCACUUUAAAAUUCACACACAGCAGCCUUAUGGGCUAGGGCCUGUGUCUCAUGGCUUCUUUCUUUCUUGCAAGUUCUGCCUUUCCAGGACCCUUGCCUUACCCAGAAGGAGCACGAGAAAAUGACUGAGUCUCAGGAGGAAGUGACGUUCAAGGACGUGGCUGUGAUCUUCACAGGGGAGGAGCUGGAGCUGCUCAACUCCGCCCAGAAGAAGCUGUACCGAGAGGUGACGCUGGAGAACUUCAGGAACCUGGUCUCAGUGGGGCACAGGAAUCAGAAUGAGAUAGAGACUCUUCAGGAAGUAGGGUUAAGAUAUAUUUUAAAUGAAGACCUCAUAUACUGGCAAAUAUGGGAACAAUUUAUAAGUAAAUUAACCACAAAUCAAGACUCGACAAUAAAUCUGCGAGGCAAGACGUCUGAGUUGCCAAAACAAGGUAAUUCCUCCUGUCAGUUGUGGGCAGGAGAAUCUACUCAAGUUUCCGAAGAUAACUAUGUAAGAAAGCUUCAAGUGAAAGUUCAGAGUUCCAGUAGUAUAAAAAAUCAAGAGUUUCCAAUUAAGACCACCUGGGAUUUCUGGAAGAAAAUGUGUCUGAAAGAGUCACAGAAUGAUCAGAGUAGGUGUCGACAAAGUGAUGGAAAAAAUAAACUGUGGAUGUAUGAUCAUCAUGUUAUGACAGGGAGCUCUCAUCAUGACGACGAUGAUCAGGAAAGACACAAAGGUGAGAAGUCUGAUAGCCAUAAAAAUUGUGGGAAAGGCGUCAUGAAGAAACCUUCGCGUCAUAGUAGAAUCCACUCAGGAGAGCAAAGCUCUGAUGAGAACGGAAAAGGCUCCAGCCUUGGACCUCAUCAGCCAUUGCACUUAGGAGAGAAGCGCCAUGUAUGCAGUGAGUGUGGGGAGAGCGUCAGCCACGGCUCAGGGCUUUGCACUCACCCAAGUGUUCACACAGGAGAGAGAUGCAGUAGGACCGGCGAGCGUGGUGGGCAUGGACGUCAGAGUGUACAUCUGCAAACUCACCAAAGAGCGGGCGCAGGAGAGAAAUCCUCCACACGUCCUGUUUGCGGUAAGAGCUUCAGUCGGAACUCUUCUCGUCUCCCUCAUGAGCCCAUUCACCCAGGAGAGAACCCGCAGAGGGCUGGCGAGUGUGGGAAAGCCUCUGGCCGUAGUUUAGAUCUUAACCCUCACCGUGCAGACGACACUGGAGAGAAAUCCUGGAAAUGUGAGGUGUGCGAUAAAGUCUUCAACCAGACGUCACAACUUCAAGCCCAUCAGCGAGCCCACCGUAGAGACAAAACACACAGACGUGAGGCGAGUGACAAAGCCCACCAGAAAGCCCACUCGAGCGACAAAACACACAAACGGGAGGCAGGUGACAAAGCCCAUCAGAGAGCCCAACCUAGCGACAAAACACAUAAACGCGAGGCAGGUGACAAAGCCCAUCAGAGAACCCACACCAAAGACAAAACACACAAACGGAAGGCGCGUGACAGAAGACAGAAGCCUGGCGCUCCUCAGGGAGAGAAACCGUUUAAAUGUGAUGUUUGUGGUAAGGACUUUGGUAAGGCCUCAAAUCUUAAUACCCAUCAGAGAAUGCACACUGGAGAGAAGCCGUACAAAUGUGAUACGUGCGAUAAGUACUUCAGCCAUAAUUUCCAUCUUCAGGCUCAUCAGAGAGUCCACACAGGAGAGAGACCAUACAAAUGCGACACAUGUGGUAAGGGCUUCGGUCAGAUUUCUCAUCUGCAGGCCCAUCGGAGAGUCCACACGGGAGAGAAGCCAUACAAAUGUGACAGGUGUGGGAAGGGCUUCAGUCAGAGCUCACAUCUUCAGGACCACGAACGGGUCCACAGUAGAGAGAAACCCUACAAAUGUGCUACAUGUAGGAAGCGCUUCAGUCGGAAUUCUUAUCUUCAAGCCCAUCAGAGAGUCCAUACGGGAGAGAAGCCCUACAAAUGUGAGGAGUGUGGGAAAGGCUUCAUUUGGAACUCGUAUCUUCACGUUCAUCAGAGGAUCCACACAGGAGAGAAACCCUUUAAAUGUGGCGUCUGUGGUAAGCGCUUCAGACAGACGUCACACCUUCAGGCCCAUCAGAGGGUCCACACUGGAGACAAAUCCGACUAAUGUUUUGCUUUCGUAAGAGCCAGUGUCUUCAGGUUCGUCAAAGAGUACACAAUGGUGAUAAAUCCAGCGCACCGGAUGAGCGUGAUAAAAUUGUGUUGUUCUUCAGAACUUAGACUUCUUGUUUUCAUCAGAAAAUCUACACAACAGAGAAUACAAAACUUUGCAUUUUAAGAAUUCAGGUGUGAGCUGAGUUUUUCUUCACAGUCAUCUGAAUUCCAUUGGAGGGAACCCAUCUGUCACAUGAAUAUGGCUCGCAUUUUGGGCAGGACUCAAAAUGUCACAGUUCUUAAGAGCAUACACAACAGAGAAAUCCUAUAAGAGUGGUACAGUAUGUUCGUCAUAACCUUCACAUUCAGUAGAAUCUACACAGGAGAGAGGCCUUUAAAAUGAGAAGGAAGAACAGGACUUUAGCAAAAGUGUAAUGAUGGACAUGAAAUUCAGGGCCACUAGAAGGUCAGGUCCAUGGGGGCAGGAAGUUUGUUUGUUGCUGAGUGACCAUGACCUUGACCAGUGCCUAAUAGUGGAUAUCCUAGAAGUGUCUUAAGUUGGUGAAGAAAUGCCUGUUAUAAAUAGGACAACUAUAUGAAAAUUUUAAUGAGCUCAAGCUCAAUUUGUCAGAGUAAAUUCUACUAGGGAAAGGAUUUUCCAAGUCUUGAAAAUUAAGGAAAUGAUCACUUAAUAAAGAUACAUAAAUUCA